GGAGGCCGAUUCGGCAUGGAGGGGAAGGGGAAACGCUAAAGGUGCAACAUUGGGGGGAAGGGGCGGGUCGAGGAUUCAUUCUUGUUCGUUUAGGCCGGGGAAAGAGAGAAGCCCCCGCCGGCCGGCAUCAUGCGGGUGGGCUGAAUCUGUCCAAGCCCAGCUGCAAAGAGCGGCGCAAACGACCUGGGAAGCUGCCCCGGAGUUCAACGUCAGGCAUGAAGUUUUAAAGUGGGAGGGGGUGAGACCAUCGUGAACGCGCUUCUUUUUCCUGGAUGAGAAAUCAGCUUUGCGAGGUUCCUGCGGCCGGAGAUUCGGCGUGGAGGGGAGGAGGAAACGCUAAAGCAGAAUGUUCAGAAAGCAACUCAUAAGGAGUACCUGAUCUCAAACCGAGAUUGCAAGGAGAUAGACGCUAGCCAGAAAGAAGACAACAGCAGCAGCUUUUCAUUCCUGGUUGACUCAGUCACAGUUCUGACUUCACUCAUUGGCUAAAAACCUGAAGGGACUACUUACAAACUAUGUUGUUGUUAUGUGCCUUCAAGUUGAUUACGACUUAUGGCGACCAAGACUGUCUUAGAGCUGGCUGUGAGGGCCUGCACCCGGUGUCAGGCCAAGAAGAUAGUAAACUAGGGUUGCUGCUGGUAUACCAUCCACCCUGCUGCCUAGCAACUUCUCUGACCAAGCUGGGGAGGCCAUCAUAGCUGUGGUAUUGGAGGCAGCUUACAAAGAAAAAUAAACACAGAGGCUGGUGUCCCUUGCUGUGUAUUUCCCCAAGGGGGAGUGAGACCUCCCGGAUCCAGGCCAAAGAGCUCUGUCCAAAGAAGUCAUGUGGGAGAAUUAUGAGAAUGUGGCCUGUCUGGCAGAUGAUGCGAAGGAUAAUGAGCGUUAUAAUGAGCCAUCUGAGGAGUCAUCAAAAACAGUCAAGCUUGAAGUAGGAAAAGAGACAUUUGGAAAUCUUAGGGGAUCAGAAAGACAGGACAGAACCCAGUCAAAGAUUUGGAUGACAAAAUACUCUGCAUCUCUGUGUUCAGACCUCCAUGAACUUCCACAAGGUCCCAAAAGAAAGAAAAUGAAAGAGUGUCCAGUGUGUGGGAAAAUAUUAAGUGACAAAUCAACACUAGAUAAUCAUUGGAGAACCCACACAGGAGAGAAACCAUAUACAUGCACGGAAUGUGGAAAGUGCUUCAGCCAGUGUGCAAACCUAAAUGCACAUCUAAGAACCCACACAGGAGAGAAACCAUAUAAAUGUAUGGUAUGUGGAAAGUGCUUUACUGGUAGUGGAAAUCUGUCUUUACAUGUAAGAACUCACACAGGGGAGAAACCAUAUAAAUGCAUGGAGUGUGGAAAGUGCUUCAGCAAUAGUUCAGCCCUUAAUACGCAUCAAAGAACCCACAGAGAGGAGAAACCAUAUAAAUGUAUGGAAUGUGGAAAGUGCUUCAGCCAGACUGCAAACCUUCAUGGACAUCAAAGAAUCCACACAGGGGAGAAACCAUAUAAAUGUAUGGUGUGUGGAAAGUGCUUUAGUGGUAGUGGAAGUCUGUCUUCACAUGAAAGAACCCACACAGGGGAGAAACCAUAUAAAUGCAUGGAAUGUGGAAAGUGCUUCAGCCAGAAUGCAAAUCUUCAUGCACAUCAAAGAACCCACACAGGGGAGAAACCAUUUAAAUGUAUGGAAUGUGGAAAGUGUUUUGGCCAGAGUGCAAGCCUUAUUGUACAUCAAAUAACCCACACAGGAGAGAAACCAUCUAAAUGUAUGGAGUGUGGAAAGUGUUUUAGUGGUAGCAGAAGUCUGUCUUUACAUCAAAAAACCCACACUGGGGUAAGACCAUAUAAAUGCAUGGAGUGUGGAAAGAGCUUCUUUGUGAGCAAUCACCUUAUUGCACAUCAAAGAACCCAUACAGGGGAUAAACCAUAUAAAUGUAUGGAGUGUGGAAAGUGCUUCAGCCAGUGUGCAAACCUAAAUGCACAUCAAAGAACCCACAGAGGAGAGAAACCAUAUAAAUGUAUGGAGUGUGGAAAGUGCUUUACUGGUAGUGGAAAUCUGUCUUUACAUGUAAGAACUCACACAGGGGAGAAACCAUAUAAAUGCAUGGAGUGUGGAAAGUGCUUCAGCAAUAGUUCAGCCCUUAACACGCAUCAAAGAACCCACAGAGAGGAGAAACCAUAUAAAUGUAUGGAAUGUGGGAAGUGCUUCAGCCAGAGUGCAAACCUUACUGCACAUCAAAGAACCCACACAGGGGAGAAACCUUAUAAAUGCAUGGAAUGUGGAAAGUGCUUCAGCCAGAGUACUUGCCUCAAUAUACAUCACAGGACUCACACAGAGGAGAAACCAUAUAAUUGUCUAGUGUGUGGGAAGUGCUUUCAUGACAGUAGAAGCCUUACUAAACAUCAAAGAACCCACACAGGGGAGAAACCAAAGAAAUGCAUGGAGUGUGGAAAGUGCUUCAGCCAGAGUGCAAAUCUUAAUACACAUCAAAGAACCCACACAGGGGAGAAACCAUAUAAAUGCAUGGACUGUGGAAAGAGAUUCCUCAGUAAUCAAAAACUUACUUCACAUGAAAGAAUACACACUGGGGAGAAACCAUAUAAAUGCAUGGAGUGUGGAAAGUGCUUCAGCCAGAGUGCAAACCUUAAUACGCAUCAAAGAACCCACAGAAAGGGGAAACCAUAUAAUUGCAUGGAAUGUGGAAAGUGCUUCAGCCAGAGUAUUUGUCUCAAUAUACAUCCCAGAACUCAAACAGAGGAGAAACCUUAUCAUUGUCUAGUGUGUGGGAAGUGCUUUCAUGAUACUGGCAGCCUUACUAAGCAUCAAAGAACCCACACAGGGGAGAAACCAUAAAAUGCAUGGACUGUGGAAAGAGAUUCAUCAGUAAUUAAAAACUUCACAUCAAAGAAUACACACUGGGGAGAAACCAUAUAAAUGUAUGGUGUGUGGAAACUGCUUCAGUCGGAUUGCCCAUGUUAAUAGACAUUAGAGAACUCACACAGAUGAGAAACCAUAUAAAUGUUUAGUGUGUGGGAAAUGCUUCCAUAAUAGCGGGAAUCUUACUAAACAUGAAAGAACUCACACAGGGGAAACCACAUAAAUGUAUGGAAUGUGGAAAAAGGUUCAGGGUGAACAGUAACCUUACUAAACAUCAAAGAACCCACACGGGAGAAACCAUUUAAAUGUAUGGAAUGUGGGAAGUGCUGUAGCCAGAGUGCAAAUCUUAGAAAACAUCAAAGAACCCACACGGGAUAAACCUUACUAAACAUCAAAGAAUCCACACACGGGAGAAACAAAAUGUAUGGAAUGUGGAAAGUGCUCUAUACAGACUGGAAACAUUACUAAACAUCAAAGAACACAAACAGGAAGGAAUCCAUAUGAAUGUAUGGAGUGUGGAAAGGGCUUCAGACAGCAUUAACAUCGUACUUUACAUGAAAGACCCCACCCAUGGGAACAAGUGUGCAAUUACAUGGAAUACAGAAAGAACUUCAGUGCCAGCCAGAGUCUUACCUACACCAGAGAAACCAUUUGAAUAUAUGGAAUGAGGAAAGAGCUUCAACUCUAGCGGAAUCCUGAAUAUACAUAAAAGAACCCAUACAGGCAGAAGCCAUUGAAAUGCACCGAGUUUGGGAAGAGCUUCAAUGUGAGCAGUAUUCUUACUUUGCAUCAAAUAAUCCACACAGGAGAGAAACCUUAUAAGUGCAUGGAGUGUGGAAAGAGCGUCAGGUCUAGUGGAAACCUUAACUUACAUAAAAGAACCCAUAUAGGGGAGAAACUAUUUAAAUGCCUAAUGUGUGGAAAGCGCUUCCAAGAUGGUGGAAUCCUUAAUAAACAUCAAGGAAUGCACGCAGGGGAGAAGCCAAAUAAAUCCAUGGAAUGUGGAAAGGGCUUCCGUAAAAAUAGCAAUUUUGCUUAACAUCGAAGAACCCACACAGGAGAGAAAUUAUAAAUGCAUGGAGUGUGGGAAGAGCUUCAUCAGUAGUAGAAAACUUACUUCACAUCAAAGAACCCACAGGGGAGAAAACAUUUAAAUGCAUAGUAUGUAGAAAGAGCUUUAGUGUGAACAGCACCCUCACUUUACAUCAAACGAUUCUAUAUAUAAAUGUAUGAAAUUAAGGACAAGCUUCAUACAUGACUAAAACCUUUCUUGACCUCAAAAAGUUCAGAUGGGAGUGACCAUAGAAAUACCUUCACUGAACUGGUGCUCUCCAUAUCUUGUUGGCUUCUCUAAUACGGCUUAGUACAAAUCAAAGGAACCACAUUGGGGAGAAACAGUUUAAAUGUAUGGAUUCUGGAAGAAGCUUCCGCACAGCUGUUUCUCAAAAUGAGAAAAACCCACACAAGAAAAACUGUAUAAAUGUAUGCAAUCAGAAAGAUUUAGAUGGGGUAAAUUCUUUUUUUACAUGAAAGAACCCACACAGAAGAGAAAUUAUUGAAAUACAUAGGCUGUAAGAAAAGAGUUGCUACGCAGGAAAGAACCUACAUAAGGAAGAUACCAUAUAAAUGCAUGGUGUGUGAAAAGAGUUUCAGUCAUUGGAAUAAUCAAAGAAUCUACAUAAGAAACAAACCUUUGAAAUACACAUGGUGCAGAAACUACCUGAAUCAACACAUAAAUCUUACUAGAUAUCAGAGAACCUACACAGAAGAGAAGAGCAGGCUUUGAAAUUUUCCUAAGAAUCAGAGAAUUUACAAGAAGCGUAGAUUAAAUUAGCAGAAGACUCUAGGUCUGGGCAGAUUUGAGAAAGACAGCACAGACUAAUUGUACGUUACAGUGAUUAAUGGAGAAGAAAUUAGAAUAGCAAGUGAGAAAACCAAGUUGUGGUGCAGCAAUUUUAAGGAUUCCUUGAUGAAACAGAUUAUCCUGAUCCAUUCCAAUCUGGAUUCUGGCCUGGCUGUGUGACUGAAUUGGCCUUGGUUGCACUAAUGGGUGGCCUUUAUUGGGAGAAGGUGGAGUAUGACCCUGCUAUUCUUGGUUGAUCUCUCAGCGGCUUUUGAUACUAUUCACCAUGGUAGCCUUCUGAACAGACUUGGUUAGAUGGGUAUCAGAGGAAUUGUGUUACUGUGGUUUCAAUCCUACCUGCAAUGUUGGUUUCAGAUAAUAGCAUUGAGUGAUAUCUUUCAGCCCCCUGGCAGUUGUGCUGCAGGGUGCCGCAAGAUACCAACUUAUCUCCAAAGCUGUUUAACAUCUAUAUGAAGCCGUUGGGAGUGGUCAUCAGGAGACUUGGGCAAGGGGUCAGCAGUAAGCUGAUGAUACCCAGUUCUAUUUCUAAGUAACAUUGGAAUCGGGAGAGGCUGUGCAAGCCUUGGACCAGAGCCUGGACUCUGUGGUUGGUUGGAUGAGGAUCAAUAAAUUGAGUUUGAAUCAUAGCAAGAAGGAGAUGCUGUGGGUCGAUGGUUCCCAAUCCAGAUAAUUGGUCACUUGCCUACUUUGGAUGGGGUCAUACCCCUUCUGAGAGAGAUUCAUAGUCUGGGGUUGCUCCUGGAUCCAUCUUUGUCAUUAGUGGCCCAGGUGACUUCAGUGGCUAUGAGUGCCUUUUACCAGGAUCGGCUGGUAAGACAGCUGCGGCUGUUUCUGGACUGGGAUAGCCUGACCACUGUUGUCAAUACACUGGUAACCUCCAAGCUGGAUUAAUGUAAUACAUUAUGUGUGGGGCUGCUGUUGAGGUUGGUCCAGAAGCUGCAGCUGAUGCAAAAUAUGGUGGCAUGGCUGCUCACUGGGGCAGGAUAUUGCCAUAUUACCUCACUGCUAAAAGGAUUGCACUGGCUGCCCAUCAGCUACCAGGCAUAGUACAAGGUUUUGGUUUUGGUGUAUAAAGCCCUAUACAGCUUGGGACGAGGAUACCUGAAAGAUCGUCUUACCCUUUAUAUGCCCAGCUGAUCAGUGUGCUUUGCAGGUGAGGGCCUCCUGUAGAUACCCUCUUAUCAAGAGGUCCAUUCUGCACAACAUAGGAAGCGGGCCUUUAGUGUAGUGACACCUAUCCUUUGGAAUUCCCUCCCCUUAAAUAUUAGACAGGCACCGUCUCUGUUGUCUUUUCAGCGCUUUCAACAAGCCUUUUCAGUAGAGACCUUAUCCCAUUCUGCAUU